CCUGAAGUCGAACAGUAGAACCGAGCGGGACGGAGAGCGAAGCUGCUCGGUUGCAACUUUGGCAAAUAAGUAUCGACUUUGGCAAACAAGACAAUCCCGGAUGCAACUUUGACAAACAAGACGAUCCCGGAUGCAACUUUUGACAAACAAGACAAGCAAAAGUCUUGACUUCACCUGACACCGGAAGUCCCGCCUGUGUUCCGACAAAAGGCGCCUUUUACUGGCUUUAGUGACCGACCGCGCAGUUCCAGCGGCUUCAGCUCGGCGGCCGCAGAUGGAAGCUGCCCCGGCCAAGGCGAAGCUGCUGGGCCGCCUGCUGGUGUCCAACCAACUGGACGCCAAGGACGAGCUGGAGGAGAAACUGGAGCGUUGUGUAGGAGUGGUCCAUGCCUUGUCUAAUGGACUGUCUGAGAGGGAGGCCAACGAUGCUCUCACCGCCAACGUGUGCAAAGGCCCUCAGCAACAUGACGAGGUGUGUCUGGGUCUCUUCGGUCUGCUCCUCACGGAACCCACUCAGGCCCAGAGGUGUUACAGGGACCUGACGCUGAUGAACAGGGACGGAAUGAGCGUGAUCCUGGUAAAGAUCAACCAGAUUUUGAUGGAGAAGUUCCUGAAGCUGCAGGAUGUUCCCAGAAAGCAGCUGGUGUGGCUGGUCAGAGAGCUGGUAAAGAGCAGUGUGAUAGGAGCUGAUGGUGUCGUCAUGACGCUACUCAAACAGAUUGCAGGAGGAGACGUGUCCACAAAGAAUCUUUGGUUGGCGGAAAGUGUCCUUGACAUCCUGCAGGAGCAAAAGGAGUGGGUGGUGAAGAGCGGGAUGCUGAUAGCCAUGUCGGUGUACACGUACCUGCGUCUGAUCGUGGACCAUGGCACUGCCAACCUGCUGCCUCUGCGCCAGAAGGAAGUGGACUUCUGCAUCAGCAUGCUGAGGGACAAGUUCUUGGAGUGCGUGAUCAUGGGCCGAGAUCUGGUGCGCCUGCUCCAGAACGUGGCUCGUAUCACUGAGAUGGACCUCCUGUGGAGAGACCUGCUCCACAACCCUCAAGCCCUCAGUCCUCAGUUCACUGGCAUCCUCCAGCUGCUCACAGCUCGGACUUCCAGAAAGUUCCUGGCGUGCCGUCUGACCCCCGACAUGGAGACCAAGCUGCUCUUCAUGACGUCCAGGGUGCGCUUCGGCCAGCAGAAGCGCUACCAGGACUGGUUCCAGAGACAGUACCUGUCCACGGUGGAGAGCCAGUCUCUGCGCUGCGAUCUGAUCCGCUACAUCUGUGGUGUGGUCCACCCCUCCAACGAGGUCCUCAGUUCUGACAUCCUGCCACGCUGGGCCAUCAUUGGCUGGCUGCUCACCACCUGCACCUCCAACGUGGCCGCCUCCAAUGCCAAGUUGGCACUUUUCUACGAUUGGCUCUUCUUCAACCCCGACAAAGACAGCAUCAUGAACAUAGAGCCGGCCAUCUUGGUGAUGCAUCAUUCCAUGAAGCCACACCCUGCCAUCACCGCCACACUGCUGGACUUCAUGUGUCGGAUCAUUCCUCAUUUCUUUCCUCUGUUGGAAGUUCAAGUUCGUCAGGGUGUCUUCAACUCACUCACCUUCAUCAUGGAGAAGAGAGUGCUGGCUCACUUGGCGCCAUUGUUUGACAAUCCAAAGUUGGACAGAGAACUGCGGUCCAUGCUCAGAGAAAGGUUCCCUGAGUUCUGCAGUGCUCCCUCACCACCUAUGGAAGGUACACACACACACACACACACACACACACACACACACACUUGGGUGUUGUGUAAAGGUACGUGUGUGUAUGCAGUCAAAAUGGAUGAGAUGACGUCUAUGGAUAUGGACAACCACAUGAUGGACAAGGAGGAAGGUUGCUAUGACAACGCAGAAGCUGCAUUCAGUGAUGAUGAGGAGGAGGUCAACAACAAAGGAAAGAAGCGGGAGUUCAGGUUCCAUCCAAUCAGAGAGGUAGUGAAGGAGGAGCCUGCUGACAUCACACCCUGGCUUGACCAAUUAGAAGACACCAUGAAGGACAAGGUCGUCCAGCUGCAGAAGUCAAGUGACACAGAGACGCAGUGUGAAGUCAUGCAGGACAUCGUGGACCUGAUCCUGGAGGACGACUUUGACACAGAGCAGAUGUCUGCUUUAGCUUCAUGUCUUGCUGAAGUGUUUAAAGAACAUUUCAGAGGAGACGUUCUCCCAGAAGACAUCACAGACGAGUCCCUGGAGGAGUCGGUGUGCAAGGCAGUGUGUCUGGUGUUCAGGAACCUGGUGACCAUGCAGGAAGACAACAGUGGUUUCUCAGUUCUUCUUGACAUGCUGGCUGAACUUUACCAGAAACAACCCAAGAUUGGUUACCACCUCCUCUACUACCUCAAAGCCAGCAAAGCGGCCAACGGGAAGAUGAUGUUGUACGAGUCCUUUGCUCAGGCCACAGCACUGGGUGAUCUUCACACUUGUCUCAUGAUGGACAUGAAGGCCUGUCAGGAAGAUGAUGUGCGCUUACUCUGCUACCUGACACCCUCCAUCUACUCUGAGUUCCCUGAUGAGACUUUGAGAAGUGGAGAGCUGCUCAACAUGAUCGUAGCUGUCAUUGAUUCCACACAGUUACAGGAACUCAUGUGUCAUGUGAUGAUGGGCAACCUGGUGAUGUUCCGCAAAGAUUCAGUUCUCAACAUCCUGAUUCAGUCCCUAGACUGGGAGACCUUUGAGCAGUACAGCACCUGGCAGCUCUUCCUGGCACACAGCAUCCCCCUGGAGACCAUCAUUGGCAUCCUGCAACACCUCAAGUACAAAGAACAUCCAGAGGCCUUGUCCUGUCUGCUGCUGCAGCUCCGCAGAGAAAAGCCCAGUGAGGAGAUGGUGAAGAUGGUUCUGAGUCGUCCAUGUCACAGUGAGGAUCAGUUCACCAGCAGUGUGUUGAGACACUGGGCCUCCAAACAUGAUGACACCUUGGCAGAACACAUCAAGACUCAACUCAUCAAGAACAACAACCAACCACGCAAGAGACAAAGUCUUCGUAGUUCCAGCAGCAAACUGGCACAACUCACUCUGGAACAGAUCCUGGAACAUCUGGACAACCUCAGACUUAGUUUGACCAACACCAAGAACAGCUUUUUCAGCCAGACUCCGAUCCUUCAGGCUCUGCAGCAUGUUCAGGCCAGUUGUGAUGAAGUGCACAAGAUGAGGUUCAGUGAGUUGUUUGCGUUGGCGGAGGAGUACGAGGACUCGCAGGCCAAGCCUUUGAAGUCUCGGCGUAAAGCGGCGGCCACCUCGCCUCGCUCCAGGAAGGGCGUGGCUCCGCCCACCAACGAGGAGGAGAGCGCCUCCAGCAGCGCCUCGGAGGAGGAAGACUCCAAGCCCAAAGCGCCCAAGAGGAAGAGGAAAGGCUCGUCUGCUGUGGGCUCCGACAGCGACUGACCUUUUCCCACAAUGCACUGGGAUUUUAGCGUGAUGGGACUCCUGUUUGUUUUUUGGAACUCUUAUUGUGGAGGUUUCUCACUUCCUGCUGUUUGUCACCACAGUAAAAGACUUUGUAGAAAAGCU